UCUGCGUUUAAGUUUGUGUCGAGGUAAAAUUAGAAACGAUCAACACUUUGAAGAACGAACGACAAAAUAUAAUAUUGGUAUAGAAAAAAGUGUUACUCUCCCCAACAACAACAACUUUGAUAUUAUUGUAUUCCACGGAAAGUGACCCAUGAAUGCCAGUAGCUGGCGUCGUAAUAAAUUAAUUCCAAUCCGCGUUCUCGGCAAAUUGUCUUGCCUCCCUAAAUAUCUAUUUUCUGCAAAAAAUUAAAUACCGUAGAAAAUGCACAGUAAUUCACACAAAACACGACUUCAAAAGCGCGAAAAACAAAAAAAAAAUAUUUCCAAUGCAAUGUCAUCACAAAGCAAUGCAACGAAAUCACUUUGUUGAAAAUCAGAAGCAGUGUAAAACAUAAUCAACCAUUUCCUAUCCUGGCUGAAACCUCGAGUUUUACUUCAUACUUUUUUCUAAAGGUUGAAUGUGAAAAUAUCGAAACAAGAUUUCCACAACACAAUGAAUCAUAAGGAGGGAAGACUUCUUGACCAGUACAACAGUUUGCAAGAUGAGAGCUUAGCACACUACUUUGCUAACGAAACAGUGCAAAAACAUCUUCUUAAAGCUGGCCUGAUCACUAAGGAUGGAUAUAUCACAGACGAAAGCACACAUCGUUUGAGGUUGAAACUCAAAAAACGUCAAAAAGAAAUGAGGUUAUUGCAAGAAAAACAAAUAACGGAAAGAGCAUUACAUCAACAACGCAUGCGUGAACAUAGAGCGCAAAAAGAAUUGGAACACGCACUGAAAGUUGAAUUGGUGAAGAAGAUGCGCUCAGAACGACAGUGCAAAAGUUCGAAGGAAUUGAUUUCAUAUCUCCACCAGGGCAGACCCGAUAGUACAGAAAAAGGAAGAAGUACUAAGUUGCCUAAAAUAGGCGCGAAUAAUAAAGCUAAAAAGAAAACUCCAAAGGAGAAAGACAACCAUCGACAAACAUCAGGAAACAAAACUUUUUCAAAGCCAAUAUUACCACCAAUAUCCAAGAAGAAAAAAGGCUUAUCAUCUGAAUUUACAGUUAAAUACGUAUCACGUCCACUGGAAACAAGUCCUAGAGAAGUUCAAGUAAUACAGCAAGUCGGGACGAGCUAUACUUGUGUUUUCAAAGAAUCCUUGUCAACGAAAAGUGUGUUUUCAUUCACGUUACAACGCCCAGUAGAAUCUCGACUAAACUUUACCAUCGCUGUUAAUGCUGCAGUAAACGUGCGAUUUAAUGCUUGCUGUGAAUACAAAUGCCAGCCGGGUUGCAGGAUUGGUGGCAAAAAUAGUCAGUUUCAUCUCGUGUCGAUUGAGGGACCAGUAUUUUGUUCUAGGUGCCAACUGUAUGCAGAUGAAGAACAAGAAGAAGAAGAAGAGGAAGAAAAGGAUUCAGAAGAAUUUAAAAAAUCAAACAAACCCAUAGAAAAGAAGGACACCUCAAACAUUGAUGUAGACUCUGAUGAUGAAGAAGAGAUGAAGGGACAAGAAAACGUUGAAAGUAGUAAAGCCACAGAAAAGUUGGAAGAAAAAGAAGAAGGAAAUUUGGCUAUAGAAGAAGAGGAAGAAGAAAAAGAAGAAGAACAAGGACAAGAACAAGAAGAGGAAGAAGAAAGUACUAACCAUAUGGGCCAGAAGGACAAACAUGAUAGUGAGGUACUUGUGACAGAACCAUGCGAUGGAAAACAUCAGGAAGAGGAUUUACAGGAUAAUUUCGAUCAGGACUGCAAGGACGACGACAUAACGAAAGCUGAAGAUGAGCUUGCCGUAGUGGCGAAACAAGCAGAAGAUGAGGAUGCCGAUAAUGAAAGAAAUAAACUUGAUUCAGCUAACUACGAAUAUUCUGAUGAUGACGAUUUCACCACAACUGAAGAUGGUUCUUCAUCAACAAGUGACUCUGAAGAUGAUGAAAAGAGCCCCGAUGAGGAUACUGAGGAUGAGAGUACUGAAGAAGAAGGCAGUGAAAAAGAAGGUCUUGAAGAAGAGGAUGGGGAAGUACAGACUACCAAAGUAGUCUCCAAUGAUGAAAAAGUUAUUGAAAAAUUAAGUAAUAGAGACGAGGAAGCAGGUACAGAUGAAGAAAAUACAGAACUGGAGGGUAAGGAAAAUAAGGAAGGAAAGGGUAGCGGAGGGGGGAUUAUUGAACAAAAUGGUAACGAUGAAGAUACCGCAGAGGAGGAUGCAAGCGAACAUAAUAAUGAAGAAAGUAGUAAGAAAAAUGAUACUGUUGAAGGAGGUAUUGGAGAGGACGGCACAGUAGAAAGUGGGGAGAAAAGAGAUACCGAUCAAGUGGGUAUUGGGGAGGACAGCGAAGAAGAAAGUGGGGAGAAAAGAGAUACCGAUCAAGUGGGUAUUGGGGAGGACAGCGAAGAAGAAAGUGGGGAGAAAAGAGAUACCGAUCAAGUGGGUAUUGAGGAGGACAGCACAGAAGAAAUCAGUAAGGAAGAAGAUAAAGUAGAAGAUAAAGAAGAAGAAGGUACCCAAGAAAGUACAGAAAAAAAUUCUACUGAAGAAGAGAGUAUUGGUAAAAAGGUUACCGUAGAGGAUAAUAACAAAGAACAGGACGCAAAUGGAAGUGGUGUUGGAAAAGUUCUUGACAGUUGGUUGGAUUUACAAAUUUCAAAUGUCACACUAACGCAAGAAAAAACCAACGAUGUACGCGAUGAAAUCUUGGCUGGCGGAAUAGAAAAGUUAAAAGAUAUUCUUAAAGAUGUCAACAAAGUUGAAAAACUUCACUUGCCAUCAACAAGUAUAACGAAAGAAGAUGUGAAACACAUUGCUGAUGUUAUAUCAGAUCCAAAGCACGAAUUCAAAUCGCUGGCGUUGAAUGGAAAUCCUCUAGGAGACGAGGGAAUCACACUAUUGUUAGAAGCAAUGACCAAAAAUGACAGCAUUACUGAUCUGGACAUAGGUGGUUGCAAUGUAAGCGAUAAAGGAGCGAAGUCGAUCAGUUCCUAUCUUAAAGCAAAUGAGUCUCUAGGAGAACUAACGCUAAGUAAAAAUGGUUUGACGGUGACUGGAUGGCAGCAUAUAGCAGAUGCUUUAAAAGUAAACCGUUCCUUAAAAACAUUAUCAAUAGACUCUAACAACAUGUUGGAUGACGGAGUCAAAGCUAUUUGUGACGGAAUAAGCGAGAACAAAAGUUUAGUGUCGCUUGACGUCGAAGGAAAUUUCUUGGACGACGUAGCUGGAGAAAUGAUAUACGAGGCUAUAAAAAGAUGUGAGACAUUAGUUGAUGUGACUUUACUGCCAGAUAAUAAAUUUUCGGACCAAAUUUUAAAUAAAAUAAGAAAACUAAUAUAUGAACGUAUUGAAGAAAAGACAGAAGCUAGUUCAUAGCAAAGAUCAUUUUGUAUAUAGUAUAUCUAUAUUUAUUUCAUUAUAAAAAACAUAUUUAAUAAAGAAGAUUCUCAUCUUUUUUCCUUCACCACCGUUUGACAUUCAAAUAUUGUUAAAUGGAUUCAUUUGUU